AUGAGUGAAAAGAAAGAUUUCUCGACAGCCAUUCUUGAGAGAAAGAAGGCCCCAUACAAACUAAUUGUUGAAGAUGCGACUAAUGAUGAUAACUCAGUCGUUAUGAUCACUGCUCCUAAGAUGGAAGAAUUAAAGAUAUUCAAAGGAGACACUGUUCUUUUGAAGGGAAAGAAGAGAAAGGAUACAGUCUGCCUUGCACUUACUCCUGAAGAUGGAGAUGACUUGGAAGAUGGCAAGAUUAGAAUGAACAAGGUUGUCAGAAGAAACCUCAGAGUCAGACUUGGUGAUGUAGUCGGAGUUCACCCACAUAGUGAUGUCCCCAAUGCUGAGAAGGUCCAUAUUCUUCCUAUUGAUGAUACUAUUGAAGGUAUCACAGGAAAUCUUACUCAGACUUAUCUCAUUCCUUAUUUCAAGGACUGCUACAGACCUUUGAGAAAGGGAGAUACCUUCAUGGUAAGAGGAGGAUUCAAGUCUGUUGAGUUCAAGGUUGUUGAGACUGAUCCAGGAGAGUAUGUCAUCGUAUCUCCAAACACCAUGAUCUUCGACGAAGGAGAGCCAAUCAAGAGAGAAGAUGAAGAACAACUUGACGGAGUUGGCUAUGAUGAUGUUGGUGGAUGCAGAAAACAGAUGGCUCAGAUCAGAGAAAUGAUUGAGCUUCCUCUUAGACAUCCAACUCUUUUCAAGACUUUGGGAGUUAAGCCACCAAGAGGUGUUCUUUUAUAUGGUCCUCCAGGAUCAGGAAAGACUCUUAUCGCAAGAGCAGUUGCUAACGAGACCGGUGCAUUCUUCUUCCUCAUCAAUGGUCCAGAAAUCAUGUCCAAAAUGGCUGGUGAGGCAGAGUCAAAUCUUCGUAAAGCCUUUGAAGAAGCUGAAAAGAACUCACCCGCAAUCAUCUUCAUCGAUGAGUUAGACUCUAUCGCUCCCAAGAGAGACAAGACUGGAGGUGAAGUAGAAAAGAGAGUUGUAUCCCAGAUGCUGACUCUUAUGGAUGGUCUAAAAGGAAGAGGAUCCGUCAUCGUUCUUGCUGCUACAAACAGACCAAACUCCAUCGACCCAGCCUUAAGAAGAUUCGGAAGAUUCGACAGAGAAAUCGACAUCGGUGUCCCAGACGAAAUCGGUAGAAUGGAGGUCCUCAGAAUCCAUACCAGGAACAUGAAGCUUGGAGAAGACGUCGACCUCGCCCAGGUUGCUAAAGAGACCCAUGGAUAUGUGGGUGCUGAUAUCGCAGCUCUUUGUACCGAGGCUGCCUUACAGUGUAUCAGAGAGAAGAUGGAUAUUAUUGAUAUUGAAGAGGACAAUAUUGAUGCUGAGAUUUUGGAUGCUAUGGCAGUGACUAAUGAUCAUUUCAGAGUUGCAAUGGGCGCAUGUAACCCAUCCAGUUUGAGAGAAACUGUCGUAGAGGUUCCAGAUGUCAGCUGGGACGAUAUUGGUGGAUUGGAAAAGACAAAGAAAGAGCUUCAAGAGCUUAUCCUGUAUCCAAUUGAACAUCCAGAAAAAUUCUUGAAAUUCGGUAUGCAACCAUCCAAAGGAGUUCUUUUCUAUGGACCACCAGGAUGUGGUAAGACCUUAAUGGCUAAAGCCGUUGCAAAUGAAUGCUCUUCCAACUUCAUCUCAGUCAAGGGACCAGAGCUCCUGACUAUGUGGUUCGGACAGUCUGAGGAAAACGUCAGAGAAGUAUUCGAUAAGGCUAGAAGUGCCGCUCCUUGCGUCCUCUUCUUCGAUGAGUUGGAUUCCAUUGGUACUGCAAGAGGAAGCUCUCAAGGAGAUGCAGGAGGUGCAGGAGACAGAGUCAUGAAUCAGCUCCUGACUGAAAUGGAUGGUGUUGGUUCAAAGAAAAAUGUAUUCUUUAUCGGAGCAACCAAUAGACCAGACAUCCUCGAUGAGGCUUUGAUCAGACCAGGAAGAUUAGAUCAAUUAAUCUACAUCCCAUUGCCAGAUCCUCCUUCAAGAACCUCAGUCUUCAAGGCUGUCUUGAGAAAGACUCCAAUUGCUCCAAAUAUUAGCUUUGAUUUCUUGUCUUCACUUACGGAUGGAUUCUCUGGAGCUGAUAUAACAGAAUUGUGUCAGAGAGCUACUAAAUCUGCCAUCAGAGAAGCUAUUGAGGCUGAAGAGCAAAGAAGAGCCUUGAUGAAAGAUAAUGAAAAUGAAGAUGAACAAAUGAUGGAGGUAGAUGACCCAGUCCCAACCAUCACAAGAAAACACUUCGAGGAAGCCUUGGCUAGUGCUAGAACUUCAGUGACAACAUAUGAUUUGGAUAGAUUCGAGCAAUUUAGAAAGAAGUUCGAUCCAGCAUAUGCUGCUAGAGUCGGUGGUGGCCAGAGCAAUGCUCCUGCCUUCCAGUGGCCAGAAGAUAAUUCAGCUCAAUUCCAAAAUAAUGAUGAUGACGAUGAUGAUGACCUGUACAACUAAUGU